AUGUUGAUCUCACAAAUAUAUUAUAAAGAUUCUGCUAUUUUAUUCAAAAAGACCCUAACGAGGAAUAUUACCGUAUAUCGAUUCCGAUAUUGUACAGUUUCCUUGAGUGGGCUCUUAAUUUACGACGCGCUCUCUGGACAUAUUCUGGAAAGUUUUUCGAUUAGUCUACGAAAGAUCUACUUUAAAUCGGAUCGACAACUAAAUGAACCGCCGGAUGCGUUGAGGCGAGAUAAACCUCCUAUAGAUAUCGAGGACCUAGCGAAAGUCGUAGAGACCACCAUUAGUAUAACGAAGAAAAAGUUCGGAUAUAGCCGCUAUCGUAUUAAGCUUAGACUCUUCUUAAAUACGUAUAUCCUCCCCGAAAUUAUUUUCGAUCCUUCCUUGGUCCUUAGCCUAUAUAUAUUCCUGUUAGGACUUCUCUUUAUAGACCGGGCCUUUGACCGCGUCGACGGCGAAGAGGUUCUUGUUAAGAAGAUAGGUUCCGUCAGCGAUUCACUUCGUAAUCUCGUGAUAUAUUAUGCCGAUACUCGGAUAUUUUUAAAAUUCUACCUUAGUAGAAGAAUUAACAAAAACUUACCUACGAUUAUUCGCGGCCUUAAUCCAGAGGAAGAUAUUAUACGCGCGACUUACCAAAUAAGCCGAACUAUUAAUCUAGAUCGCCUAUAA